AUGAUGUGGAAGGCAAGAAAGAAGAAAAUAAAAAAUGAGGCCAUAAUAGAGCGAAAGAAAAAAAACACUGGAGAAACAAAAGGCAGCAUGAAGCAGCAGCAAGUGAAGGUGGAUUGAAGCAGGCAAAAUUGAAGGAGAUUCUGAGGAUGAACUGAUGGAGGCACUGAUGGAGGCACUGAAGAAGAAGCUAAUGGAGAAAUUGAGAGAGGAGAAUGAAAGGAAAAAGAAGGAUGGAAAAUGAGGAAGAAAAGGAAAUUAUUAACAAAAAACCCAUAA